AUGAACGUCUACGAACACAUUGUCAUCAACUCCAGCAUCAAAAGUAAGGAACGUGUGUCAUCAGUGUCAUCAGUAUCAUCAGUAUCAUCAGUAUCAUCAGUAUCAUCAGUAUCAUCAGUAUCAUCAGUAUCAUCAGUAUCAUCAGUAUCAUCAGUAUCAUCAGUAUCAUCAGUAUCAUCAGUAUCAUCAGUAUCAUCAGUAUCAUCAGUAUCAUCAGUAUCAUCAGUAUCAUCAGUAUCAUCAGUAUCAUCAGUAUCAUCAGUAUCAUCAGUAUCAUCAGUAUCAUCAGUAUCAUCAGUAUCAUCAGUAUCAUCAGUAUCAUCAGUAUCAUCAGUAUCAUCAGUAUCAUCAGUAUCAUCACUAUCAUCAGUAUCAUCAGUAUCAUCAGUAUCAUCAGUAUCAUCAGUAUCAUCAGUAUCAUCAGUAUCAUCAGUAUCAUCAGUAUCAUCAGUAUCAUCAGUAUCAUCAGUAUCAUCAGUAUCAUCAGUAUCAUCAGUAUCAUCAGUAUCAUCAGUAUCAUCAGUAUCAUCAGUAUCAUCAGUAUCAUCAGUAUCAUCAGUAUCAUCAGUAUCAUCAGUAUCAUCAGUAUCAUCAGUAUCAUCAGUAUCAUCAGUAUCAUCAGUAUCAUCAGUAUCAUCAGUAUCAUCAGUAUCAUCAGUAUCAUCAGUAUCAUCAGUAUCAUCAGUAUCAUCAGUAUCAUCAGUAUCAUCAGUAUCAUCAGUAUCAUCAGUAUCAUCAGUAUCAUCAGUAUCAUCAGUAUCAUCAGUAUCAUCAGUAUCAUCAGUAUCAUCAGUAUCAUCAGUAUCAUCAGUAUCAUCAGUAUCAUCAGUAUCAUCAGUAUCAUCAGUAUCAUCAGUAUCAUCAGUAUCAUCAGUAUCAUCAGUAUCAUCAGUAUCAUCAGUAUCAUCAGUAUCAUCAGUAUCAUCAGUAUCAUCAGUAUCAUCAGUAUCAUCAGUAUCAUCAGUAUCAUCAGUAUCAUCAGUAUCAUCAGUAUCAUCAGUAUCAUCAGUAUCAUCAGUAUCAUCAGUAUCAUCAGUAUCAUCAGUAUCAUCAGUAUCAUCAGUAUCAUCAGUAUCAUCAGUAUCAUCAGUAUCAUCAGUAUCAUCAGUAUCAUCAGUAUCAUCAGUAUCAUCAGUAUCAUCAGUAUCAUCAGUAUCAUCAGUAUCAUCAGUAUCAUCAGUAUCAUCAGUAUCAUCAGUAUCAUCAGUAUCAUCAGUAUCAUCAGUAUCAUCAGUAUCAUCAGUAUCAUCAGUAUCAUCAGUAUCAUCAGUAUCAUCAGUAUCAUCAGUAUCAUCAGUAUCAUCAGUAUCAUCAGUAUCAUCAGUAUCAUCAGUAUCAUCAGUAUCAUCAGUAUCAUCAGUAUCAUCAGUAUCAUCAGUAUCAUCAGUAUCAUCAGUAUCAUCAGUAUCAUCAGUAUCAUCAGUAUCAUCAGUAUCAUCAGUAUCAUCAGUAUCAUCAGUAUCAUCAGUAUCAUCAGUAUCAUCAGUGUCAUCAGUAUCAUCAGUAUCAUCAGUAUCAUCAGUAUCAUCAGUAUCAUCAGUAUCAUCAGUAUCAUCAGUAUCAUCAGUAUCAUCAGUAUCAUCAGUUUCAUCAGUAUCAUCAGUAUCAUCAGUAUCAUCAGUAUCAUCAGUAUCAUCAGUAUCAUCAGUAUCAUCAGUAUCAUCAGUAUCAUCAGUAUCAUCAGUAUCAUCAGUAUCAUCAGUAUCAUCAGUAUCAUCAGUAUCAUCAGUAUCAUCAGUAUCAUCAGUAUCAUCAGUAUCAUCAGUAUCAUCAGUAUCAUCAGUAUCAUCAGUAUUAUCAGUAUCAUCAGUAAUAGGUGAUUAG